GUGUGUGUCUGGAAGGCAGAGUGUGUAGGCGAAGGUGGGGAGGUGGCGGUGGUAUGCGCGUGGGCAGCAGCUGGAGGCGGCAUCUUUCCCGGGCCAUGCGACUUGCUCUUGCAUGGUGUCGACCGUGCCGUCCGAAGAAAGGGGGUCGGGGAGGCCAGCCGCAGUCCGGCUUUGGGGCGCUAUGGAGCUACAGCAAGCUGCUGCUCAAGUCUCUUUACUUCAACAGCCUCAGCAACUCUGACACAUUGCUCGACUGUGCUUUCGAACCCGUGUAUUGGAUCGUGGACAAUGUGACUCGCUGGUUUGGAGUGGUGUUUGUCACUCUGGUCAUCCUGCUGACAACCUCAGUGGUGGUUAUUGUUUAUCUGUACGUCCUUCCCACAAUUGUCGGGACCUACGCUGUGCCUUGGAUCAUCUGGCAUCUAUGCUGCGGCCACUGGCUCCUGGUCAUGGUGGGCUUCCAUUACUACAAGGCCACCACCACCUCCCCCGGAUACCCGCCUAAGGACGACAUCCAUAUUCCCUCGGUGUCCAUUUGUAAGAAAUGUAUCAAUCCAAAACCGGCCAGGACGCACCACUGCAGCAUCUGCAACACCUGCAUCUUGAAGAUGGACCAUCACUGUCCUUGGCUCAACAACUGCGUAGGCCAUUUCAACCACCGCUACUUUUUCUCCUUCUGCGUCUACAUGACUCUGGGCUGUAUCUACUGCAGCGUCAGCAGCAGAGACUUGUUCCAGGAAGCCUACAAUGCUGUUGAGAGUUACUAUCAGACCCGUCCCCCGCCGUACACGUCCACAGAGACCACCGCCCACAAGAGCAUCAUCUUUCUCUGGGUGCUGACCAGUUCUGUGGCGGUCGCCCUGGGAGGGCUGACCCUGUGGCACGCCACGCUCAUCUGCCGAGGGGAGACCAGCAUAGAGCGCCACAUCAACCGCAAAGAGAGUAAAAGACUGAAGGAGCAGGGCAAGGUGUUCAAAAAUCCAUAUCAUCACGGGAUGAUGGCCAAUUGGAAGCGGCUGCUUGGUGUCGAGAUGCGCAAUCACUGGUUCACGCGCGUUCUCCUGCCCUCGAGUCAUCUUCCUGCAGGGGACGGCAUCAUGUGGGACUGCAAUUUUUCCAGGAGAGACCUUGUGGCCAUCUGAGCCGUCCACAUUUCAAACGCUAUCCACCUCGUCUUUAUUCUCACUAUCGUAACGAUAGAGAGGAUUUUUUUUUUUUUUUUAAAGGUGUUGCUGGUCAGCAUUUGAUUCAGUCUCAGACUCCAAAUGCAAUUAAACAUCAUAUUAUGAUGAAUUGGUUUUGAACCACUUUUGUGCCUGAUGCAGCGUUCCAAAGAGACAGCUAAUGGCUAUCAAAUGUUGACUCCAUGACAAAUAUAGUUUGGUAUUUUUACAUUCCACUUCCAGCCAGCUGAUCUUUUUUUUUUUUUUAAAUGGAAGCCUCAAAUUCACAUUAUCAUAGUUUUGGAUUGUAUUGCAUUUUACAAGUGUCCCUAAUGAUGUGGCUAUUGAGUGUUAGUUUGAGCUGAGAAAUGUCACUGUUAAUCUACUGAAAAUGUUUGCACGUGGCACUUUAUAGUGGAGAAACAGGACAUAAUGAUUUUCAGGAAAAAAAAAAAAAUCUUCUGAGUUAAACAUAUUGAUAAUGUGAGUGGAAUUAUUGUUUUAUUAAUGUGUGUGUUGUGAUAUCACCAUUUGAAAAAGAGUUCUGGUGCCAAAUAAGGGGGAGGGGGGCAAAGAGGUAACAUGAUGUCUCAUGCCUUGUUUGCAACCAAUUAACUCUGUGAAUUACUGUCCUGAUAUGGACUUUUUUUUUUCUAGCACAGUAAGUGGUUUCCAUGGAAACUAGACCUGAGUGACGACGUGCCCACCGAAAAGAGCUGUGCUCAGUUGAAUUGCUGUCCUUUUAAUAAAAACAAAAACAUGUUAA